AUGACUGGUGAAGGUAAAAUGAUAGAAGUUAUCCUUAAUGAUAGAUUAGGAAAAAAAUUUAGAGUAAAAGUUCAUGAGGAUGACACUGUUAUGGACUUAAAAAUUGUUGCUGGUGCUAAAACUGGUACUCGACCUGAUAAAAUUAAAAUUCAAAGAGGAAAUAAUGUUUAUCAAGAUCAUAUCUCAUUAGAGUCAUAUGAGGUAGUUGAUGGAAUGUCAUUAGAAAUGUAUUAUCACUAA